CGUUUGUCCUUUUGUUCGUUGUGUCUCAGACCGCGACUUGCUGUGGCUCCUUUCCCCCGGCUGUCCGAGCGCUCGACUCAAAUUUGAACAACCGCAAGCCGAUAGACGCACCCAACAACCCCCACCCAAACAGUCUCUCUUCCGCUUCCUUGUGUGUGUCUGUCUCUCUGUGUGAGCUGGAGUCCGCGCGCUCAACCACACAAAACAAAACUUGCUGAAACACCAUGCUCGACCUCUUUGUGCUCGUGCCGCUGGACGGCCACAUGAUCCAACCGGAUCCAGCCACCUUGAUGCGAGAAGUGCAGCUGGACGUCAUGGCUGCAGGGACUGACAGCACCAGCAGCCCCGAGCUCCUGGCAUCCACCGCGUCGCUUGGUCGCGUCAAGAAGCUCUACUCUCCCACAGACGCUCGCAAAACGGUGGCCGAGGUCAUUGCCAUGCUCUCCCAACAGCUCAUUGCACAGGAUGCCGCCGGGGACUUGGGUCUGCCUGCGCCUCGAGCAGCAAAGCCGCUCCAUCACUCGGUAUCAACCACCUCCGCCGCAAAGGCGUUUGCCCUCAACAGCAACAGCAACAGCGUUGGAACGCCUACAUCGCCCACUGCACCCAUCUCGCUUGCUCAGGGAUUGCCUGGGCGUGAACCUGGCGAGGAGCCCGGCGAAUGGCUCCAUCUUGCAUCCCGAGGUCUCUUCCACGUCGAUUCACUCGAAUGGCUCUCGCCGGAUCGCACCAUUGAGAGCUACAGGCUCACGCCUGGCUCGGCGCUGUGGUUUCGGGAUCGCUUCCGCUACAUUAAGGUGCGCCUCAUGGACGAGUCUGUCAAGACAUUGCGCGUCGACGAGUCUGUGCCGGUCAAGUCGGUUGUCGAUCACAUCUGCGCCCAAAUGCAACUGACGCGCUCAGCAGAGCUGUCGCUCUUGGUCGAUCUGAGCGCCGGAUUGCCCGAAGGCAUGCGUGCGGGCGGCUCGGUCAUUUCACCGGCCGCCAGCCUCAGUCUGCUUCUCCACCGCGACGAACGUGUCAUCCACCUCAUGAAGCACUUGCAGACGCAGGAAACGGCAGAAUACUCAUCCAUCAACGCCGCCUUCCCGUCGCCAGCACGCGAAGGGUCUCCAACAACCUCGCCCGCACCUGGCAGUGGCUCAAAGUCAGUCGCAGCCACGCUGUUGGCCGGGGAGCACGGGAAGCGAAAUAGCAGCAACGGCGGCGGCGGCGGCGGCUCUGCCAAGAAGGCCAAGAUUGCACGGUCCUCCUCCGCCGAGUCAAACGACGCAAGUAUCGCCCGUUCGGGCAGCACAAUCAGCACCAACAGCAGCAGCGGCAGCAGCCCCUCGUCCAAAAAGGACAAGGCGGGCCAGGUACAACGCCAAAGCUCAUCUGUGCAGCAGCGCGACUCUUCCAACUCAAUCUACUUGCCCUCACCUGAAAAGCUGGCGGCUGGAGCAACCGACCCCAGUCAGGUGCCCGUGCUCGUUUCACCAGCACCAAUCUCGCCGUUGUAUUCGCGAACGGAACUUCAGCCACACCACUGCAAGCUCAAGAAGCGUCUCGAGCGGUUUGUGUCCAUGCACGGCGAGGACAGCAUGCUCAUCGACCAGCCCUGGCUCGACGUGUCGGAAACUCUGGCGCGACAACGCAUCCCGCCAGGCGCCCAGCUGAUUCUCAAGCACCGCUUCUUUGGCAACCAGAUGCAUCUCUCGCGGCGAGAUCUCGUUCGCCUACACAUGAUGUUUGCGCAGGCUCGGCACGCAUUCUCGUCCGGGCAUGUCAACUGCGAGGAAGACGAGGGUGUCACAUUCUGCGCCUUGCUCAUGCAAGUCUUGUACGGCGACCGCAACGAAGACCAGCAUACGCUCACCUUUUUUGUCGGGCACAUGAAGGGGGCUCCCAAGCGCGAGCCAACCGCGCCCCAAGGCUCCGGGCUGCUCGAAUCGCCCGUGCUCUCGUCGUACGGCGGUGCGUUUGCCGUGCCCCAGUCCUUCCGCUCUGUUGCGUUCGCGCGCCGCGUCCUCCGAGAGCACGCUUCCCUUGCAGGAAUGUCCGAAACCGACGCCAUGUACUGCUUUGUGAGGCUUUGGAACAUGGUCGAGUCGUUUGGCAUGGAAUUGUUCAGCUGUCACGUCCAUGCGACGGGCCAGCCUGCAGUCUUUGGCAUUGCCGCGGAUCGCGUUGCCUUUAUUAGCUUGGACAUGAUCAAGAGCGGUCCCGUCCAGUUCCCGCUCAGCGACAUUCGGCAGUGGAUUGUGGAUGUCAAUCCCGACACCAUCACGCUGCAGUUUGAGCACCACUCUCUCGUCAUUGGCGUGCCUGGUUGCGCCAAAACGAUCGACGAGACGCUUCGCGCCUACCUCGAUCCGUCCAUGUCCCAGGAGGCCAUUCUCGAAGCCGCUGCCGCCUCCUUGGGCCUGGAUGGAACCGACCCCGAGGUUUUCUCUGCCAUCCUAACGGCGCCCAAAAUUCGCAAGUAUGUCGGAACAAUCAAGGAUGCCCGCGAGAAGGCGCGCCGGACGAGCAACUUUGCGAUCGCGCGUGUCGACAACGAGACGUUCUGGCAGGAGGAGCUGGACGCCAAGCAGAAGGGCUCCAAAAAUGGCCAAGCCGGCAAGGACCCUGCCGUCCCCGUCAUCCAGACCCCGCCUCACGAGCCGCAGUUCAUUCCGCCGCCGCAAGCCAUUCCGUCUCCGACAUCGGCCAUUUCCCAGCUGUCCGAGCUCACUGCUUCGUCCGCUCUCAUUGUGGGUCAAAUGAACAAGCUGGGCACCUACCGCGCAAAGCGCUCUGCCAGCAUCAGUCAGCUCACGCCGAUUGUGCUUCCGAACGCCGAUGCUCCUGCGCAACCGGAUGCGGAGGAGGUCGUCCAGUCGAUUCCCGGCAUCGUGUCCAUGGAUCCCGCCAGUGGUUCCAAGUCCAUUCGCGGUUUCCAAAAGAGCCUCGGUCGUUCGGCCGGUAUCCACCAGGUCAACCUGCUCCGCGACCAAGAGCAAGAGUCGACUUCGCCCACGCCGCUGACUGCGGCGUCAGCCAGCACGAGCGCCAGCGCCUCGGCGAGCGGCGUGAGCACUCCGUCGCAGCAGCAUCCCCUCGGCUUCUUCCCAGCGCUCGGCGCAGGUGGUGCCGCUGGCGCGCUCCUGGUCGCCGCAGCAGGCGAGGCGGGCUUGUCCUACCCUCGCGUGCGCGUCCCAAGGUCGGGCGCCACGUCCGUCUCCACGCUGUCACCGUCCAGCUCGAACUACUCUCUCGGAGCCGUUGCCACUGGCUCGCGCGGCAGCUUCACUGGGUCUGAGGGCAAACCAGCGUCGCUGCUCGCCAACCAGCCGCGUCUCCGCGGCGCGUCCGCAUCGAGCAGCUCGGGCGCCCUGGCCAAGAGCGCCAUGCUUGCGUCAGCACAGCAAAACCAGGCUCAGCCCCGCCCGCCAUCGCCAGGUCGUGUCUCUGUGACCCUGAGCGAUGGCAUGCCGGCCGGGUCGCCGCCCAGCAGCCCGCACUCUGCGCCAUUGCCCGAUCCCACACGACACCGCCUCUCCAUGUCGCCGUCCCACUUUGAAACUGUGCUUGAAGAGGAGCCGCGUCAGGGAGGCGAGCUCACCGCUCGCGAACGCAAGCACCGCAGCGUGGUCUUUGCCCUGGACAACCAGAGUGUGUCAAGUCGCGAUUCAUCCGGCUCGUUCAUUGAGCGGUCGUCGGUGGAGCAGCCCAUUCUGCCCACGUUGAGUGCAUUUGUCGUGGCCCCAGUCCUGGUGGCGACGCCCGACGAAAUGCCCGCCCUCGCGCACGCCACCUCCAUGGUUCGAGCAGAAACCAUGGAUGGCUUGAAUGCCGAUCCUGCAGAGCUGGAUGACUUGGCACGCGAGACUCAUGCCCGCACGGCGUCCCAUUCCGACGACCUCGCAGCGCCCGCGACGAAAGGAGACGAGCCGAUCGCCGAGACGAGCGAGGCGAGUGCGAGGCGAGUCCAGCUUCCGGCGAGCCGACGCCAGAGGACGAAUCUGCUUCGGCUGUUGCCAACGAAGAAACCAACUCGAGAAUUGUCCAAUACUAACAACAAAAACAAGCGAUUCAAGGCAAUCCACAAGCUCUCAGCAUCCACUGGUUUGGAGUGUUUUGACUGUUUGUGAAUUUCAAGUGUCGUAUCAUCAGUCAUUUUGUUCAUUUUGUUCGGGUCUUUUUUGCGUGUCUGAGUGUGUAUGAGUGUCUGAGUGUGUCUAUCUGUGGAUUUAUUUCUUUGUGCCUUUCUUCUUUGUUAAAAUAAACCAGCUGAUUUCUUUUUG